AUGGCAUCGGAAGCAAAGAUCGCCUCGGUCGAUCGGUCAAGGGAGGCAAUGGACACCGAAGACAAUUUCUCUGACGGGCCGAGAAAACCAUCCAAAUGGCGUCAAUGUUCCAUCGUCGUGGCCGCCUUCAUGCUAAACUUUUCCGGCUGCGGCCUACUAUUCAGCUUCGGAAUAUACCAGUCCCUAUACGAAGACUUGUCGAGAGAACCCGGGAAUCCCUUCACUGGGGCCUCAUCCGCCGAAAUCACGCUGAUAGGGAGCAUCGCUGCAUCUCUGAUGAAACUGGGAGCACCAUAUGUCGUUGCGUGGACAAAGUAUUUCAAGCCAGAGCCGGUCAUCUAUGCAGGGGGACUGCUCUACGGUAUCGGCAGCGUGCUUGCAAGUUUUGGCACUGCUUUGUGGCACUUUCAACUGGCGCAGGGGGUGUUGAUCGGGAUUGCCACAUGCCUGGCCUACAUGCCGUCCAUGGUGGUUCCUCCCAGCUGGUUUGGCCGCCAUAGGGCAUUUUGCUUGGGAAUCAUUUCUGCCGGGACGGGUAUUGGCGGCCUCGUGUGGUCUCCGGUUCUCACCCUCUGCAUCCGAGAGCUUGGCUUCCGAAACACUCUCCGGCUCACAGGAUGUCUGAAUACCGCCCUCAUCUGUAUAUCGGGCUAUGCUCUUGCUUGGGAGCCGCAAAUGGCGGCUUCCUUGAGAGAGAGCAAUGCCGAGCUUAGUUGGGCCACUGCGCUCUUCAAGGUUCCCUUGCCGCCCAAGAGCCUCGUGUUCACCCGCAAGUUCCUGGCGCAGGCAAUCAACGCCUUCUUCCAGAGCGCGGCAUAUUAUACUCCCGUCUUUUACAUUGCGGCGUAUUCCAAGACACUCGGCUAUGGUGACGCAGACGGCGCCAACUUUACAGCCCUCAGCAACGCGUGUAAUGCCAUUGGGAAAAUCGGCGUCGGCUUCAUCGCGGACAGGAUCGGCCGCCUUGACUCAUUCUUCUUGACAACGCUCCUGAGCUGCGUUUCGACGGCCGGCCUCUGGGUCUCGAGCACAGUUGCUCCCGAUCUGGACCGCGGCAGGGCGCUGUUCGUUGCCUUUACAGUCAUGUAUGGCUUAUUUGCCAGUGCCUACGUCGGGCUCUUCUCGCCUGCGCUGGUGGAACUCUUUGGCAUGGCCAACAUGACUCACAUCACGGCCGUCAUGUACAUGCUUCAAGGUGCAGCUGGGUUAGUUGGAACGCCGGUGGCUGGUGUCUUGGUUUCUGGAAGCUCAACACCGGACUCCUAUCUCUACAUGGCCGUCGCGGUAGGAAUUCUGAUGUUUAUUUCGGCGAUUUCGGUUCAAUGGGCAAGGAUAGAAUUGAUGCGGGAACAAGCUGAGGGGAGAUGGAAAUGGAAAUGGAAAUGGGGAUUAUGA